AUGGAUCCUGAAGAGGCCUUUGCAGAGGAAGCUCAAGAGGAGGCACUCCUGGCAGAGACGAUACCUCCCACUCCUGGGAUCGAGGCACAGGUCGACCUGAGAGGAGAGGAUGAAGAUUCCGAGGAUGAAAACAGUCCAUUGAUAUCACCGCGCCGUCGACGGCCACACAAAACACCAUACUCGAGGGCAAGGUCGAGUUAUGAGAGGGCCAUUAACGAGCCCUGGCACGGUGCUCAGGGAUCAACAGGCCAACCGUGGUACAAGAAGCCAUCUAUCUUUUGGCUGCUUCCUGCUUUCUUCCCAUUCUGCAUCGCUUUCGGAGGCAUCAUCGUUCCGAAAACAUACCUGAUCCUCAACCUGAUCUGUGAUGGAUAUCUAUCGGAUCGUGCUGCAAAGGAUCCCACCUUCAAGUUCCUGCCCGUGCUCAUGGGCUCGGAGAAUCCGCAGUGCAGAGAUCCUCAUGUUCAGUCACUCGUGGCCAGAUUCAACUUGUAUUCCAACCUCCUGUCCGGAGUGUUUUCCGCCCUCAUCGCUCCUUACCUCGGCUCCCUCUCUGACCUCCACGGACGGAAGAAGGUCAUUGUCUGCGCGUCCUUGGGCGCAUUGGCCUCUGAAGUCAUCACCAUCAUCGUCGGGACAAAUCCCGGCAAGGUCUCCGUGUAUUGGAUACUGCUUGGGGCUCUCUUUGAUGGCCUUUGCGGGUCUUUUACAACAGCCAUGGCGUUGGCCUUUGCCUACGCCUCCGACUGCUCGACUCCGGAGCGAAGGAAUGUCGCUUUUGGCUAUUUCCACGGCACUCUAUUCACCGGCAUCGCACUAGGUCCAAUCCUGGCAGGAUGGCUCAUCAAACUCACGGACGCUGUCAUUGUGGUUUUCUAUUUCGCUCUUGCAUGCCACGCCUUCUUCAUCCUUUUCGUCACGUUUGUUGUACCAGAGUCCCUAUCCAAGGAACGACAGCUCCUGGCGCAGGAGAAGCGACAUCUCGCAAAUCUUCAAUCACCGCAUAAAGAUUGGAUCGCCAGGCUCAAGAACUACAAUAUCUUCGAGCCACUCUGGGUGCUACGACCUACGGGAGAAGGCUCUAGCCCGAAGCUGCGCAGGAAUCUGUUCGUUCUCGCUGCCAUUGACACCAUGAUGUUUGGUGUGGCUAUGGGAACCAUGCAGAUCAUCAUCAUCUAUGCCGAGUAUCGUUUCGGCUGGACAGCGGUGGAUUCAAGCAUCUUCCUAUCGGCGGUCAACAUCUGUCGGGUUUUAGGUCUGAUUGGCAUCCUGCCUCUGCUCACACGGAUAUUUCGUGGACCUGCGCAGGCACACUCGGCCGGACACAAGGGCUCGGACAUGCUGGACAUCAAUAUCAUCCGAGGCACCAUCCUGUUCGACCUUAUUGGCUAUGUUGGAUACGCCUUUACUCCGUCCGGUGCGAUCAUGGUCAUCUCCGGGAUGGUGGCUUCUCUCGGUGGAAUGGGUUCGCCAACGCUACAGUCAUCUCUUACCAAACACAUCCCUGCAGAUCGCACCGGGCAGAUUCUCGGUGCAUCCGGUCUUCUACAUGCCCUAGCACGUGUGGUGGCUCCAACAAUCUUCAACCUGAUCUACAGCCAGACCGUGGGGAUCUAUGCGGGCAUCGUCUUCGUUUGUUUGGCCUCGAUCUUUGUCAUUGUCUUCAUGUUCAGCUGGUUUCUGAAGCCCAAUGUGUAUUUGAAGGAGAGUUCUAGCCUUGAUCUCGGAGAAGAAGAAGAAGAGUCAGAGGUGGAUGUUCCUGCGCCUCCUUGA